UUGACUGGUAGCGUACAUAUCUAUAUGCUUUUCUCAUAAUUUGCUUGCGCCGGAGACUCAUCUGUAUUUGAAAUGAAGACUGAUAAAAAAAAGUGUGGUGCGCAUUGGUUACUAUAUAUGCGGUUGUUGAAGCAGCCAAUCACAGCGCGGCGCCCGCAUUCCGUUCUCUGAAGACACGCCCACGUAGAACUGUCAGCUGCUCAGUCCAAGAUGGCGCUGUCCUGUAGAGGGGUAUGCCGCGGGGCUUCAUUGAUCCUACUGUACGGAAAACGACCUGUCGGGGUCAAAGCAAGUCUCUGCACACCUAGACUGUCUUCCACAAAAUCCAGUUUGUGGUUUGUUAGACACUAUUCACCUUCAGAAGCAAGACAUGGGAUUGGUCGGAGCAUUGUGUCCGGUCUGAAAUGGACCAAUGAGAAAUAUGAGAGAUUCCUGCAACGUCGCUUUCCACGAUUUUACAUGCUCUAUCACACUUUCAUGAGAGGUUUUAUGAUUUUCUGUAAAGGUUUCCGGCUCCUGUUUCAAGAUGGUAAAGAAGUGAGAAGAAUCGUAGCCCGCAUGCUCAGUGAAAAAAUAGAGCACCAGAAUUUGCCUUACCGGGAUAUGGAGAAAAUCAGGCAGGUGCGAAGGGACUUAAUCAAAGCCAUUCCAUUGGUCAUUAUAUCAAUACCUCCUUUUGCCAACUAUUUGGUCUUCGUCCUUAUGUACCUCUAUCCUCGCCAGCUUCUGAUCCGGCACUUCUGGACCCCACAGCAGCUGGUGGAGUUUCAGGGGUUGUAUCAUACCAAGAGAGCACAGCACCACUGGGCCAUAGUCAAAGGACUGGAGAGCACGUCAACAUCUGUCCAAGACAGCCGACUCAAAAGCCGCCUUGUGGAGCUCUGCAGUAAGGUCCGAAGUGGAGUCCAUCCAGUGGUGUCUGACGUCCAUGCAGUGAGAACUUUGUUCUCUGGACCUCCCUUGGGUAUCAACAGAAUGUAUGCAGAUCAGAAGAGACACCUCUGCGCAUUGCUCUUUCUGACGCCCCGCCUCCCAUCCUUUUGGAUUGGUCGACGUUUGAACAGUCACGCCUUUGAACUCAUGCAGCUUGACCGCGCCAUUGUUCGGUUAGGCUUGCACCAGUUAAACGACGCAGAGCUCAGAGAGGCAUGUUACGUGAGAGGGCUGAAUCCAGACCGCCUGAGUGCCGGACAGUGCCGGGAAUGGCUCACACAAUGGUUGCAGUUCUCAACACACCUCAAAGAGUCAGAGACCUCCCUCUAUCUGCACUGUAUGGUACUGCUCACAGUAAACUACCCUAAACACCCACGUCACUGACCUCGAGAGGAAGUAGAUGACUUCUCUUCUUAACGCUGGGGACUAAAUAUCCACCACCACACCCCAAGGCAAAACAAAUCCAAGUAGCGCAACAAGCUUUUUUACCAUGAGUCCUUUGUCACACAUUACUUUCAUAAUGAAGGGAUUUUUUUUAAGUUUCUGCAGAAAUAAUUCUUUACAGGGGCUGAAAUGCUUUAAAAGUGUCUCUUGGAGGUGUAUCCACUUUUGUUUACUUCAGUAAGGAACAGAUAGUAGGGACAAUGUCAUUGAAAGACGCCAUUGGUAUUCUUGUGGUAUAAUUUCAUUAAUUUUCUUCUGUAUAGACAGGGUGUGUAACUAAUUAGUGACAUACAUUUACACUGUGAGAGGUUCUAACCACAUCUGAGACAACAACAAAAAAAGCACAUAUGCCAAAUGCAUCCAUUUGGAAUAAAAGCUAAUUUGUCUUAUCUUGAAACACUUUCAUUCUGAAUAUUUAUUCUACUAACAUUUCAUGCACAAUCAUUCGUGACUUGUAUUUUGUACCUCUUGUUUAAAAUCUGCACUGACAAGCAUCAUCUGUCGCAUUUAUUUUUGGUGUCUCUUGGAUUGUUUAAAAUGUUUUACUACAGAAACUCAGUUUUAAGUCAGAUCUCAAAACUGGAAAGAGGUUUACAGCCUUUAAAAUACUGGAUAUAAUGUAUGUAUUCCUUUAUAUAUAGUUCUAUAAUUCAGCAUAUACUUAUUUUAAUUACAUUUAUUAUUUAUUUUUAAGUUCUCAGAAGGACACAAAAAAAAAAAAACACUGCACCUUGUUCCUGUCCUAUCCAAUGAUCUUCUUAUUCAGCCUUUUAACAGGUGCCUUUUACUUAAGAAUACAGGUGCAAACAAGUUGCAAUACAUGCCGUUAUCUUUUUAUGUUGCCAAAUGUGUCGCAUUAUUUUGUUUUUGUACAAGAGACAAUGCUGUUUGGUUUGGUGUUGAAGUA